UUCCAGCCCCUGAAAAAGUUUCUGAUCCUUGGGAACUUUCCAGGCCCUGGGAAGUUUGCUGCCCUCUGGAAGUUUCCAGGCCCUUCUGGAAGUUUCCAGCCCUGGGGAAGUGUCAGAUCCCUCUGGAAGUUUCCAGCCCCUGGGGAAGUGUCUGAUCCCCGUGGAACUUUGCAGGCCCUGGGAAGCCUGGUGGCCCCCCUGGAAGGUCGCAGGCCCUUCUGGAAGGUUCCAGGAUGUGGCACGAGGCGCGCAAGCACGAGCGGAAGCUGCGGGGGAUGAUGGUGGAUUACAAGAAACGCGCCGAGCGCCGCCGCGAGUACUACGAGAAAAUCAAAAAGGACCCGGCCCAGUUCCUGCAGGUGCACGGCCGGGCCUGCAAAGUUCACCUGGAUUCUGCCGUGGCCUUGGCAGCCGAGAGCCCCGUCAACAUAGCAGGAAUCGGACGAGCGCAAAUGAAACUCCGUGUGGGAAGAUCCCUAAAAAUCCGCGUUUUUUUCCCCCCAAAUCCUGUUUUUUUUUCUCCCAAAUCCACGCUUGGACCCCCAAAUCCACCUUUGACUCCCCAAAUCCCCGUUUUGAUCCCCAAAUCCCCUCAGAAUUCCCGUUUUUCCAGCUCCCCAGAGCAGGAAUCGGACGAGCGCAAAUGCAACUACGAGCGGUACCGGGGCCUGGUGCAGAACGACUUCGCUGGCAUCUCGGAGGAGCAGUGCCUGUACCAGAUCUACAUCGACGAACUCUACGGGGGCCUCCAGAAACCCAACGAGGACGAGAAGAAAAAGCUGGCGGAAAAAAAGGCUUCCAUAGGCUACACGUACGAGGACAGCACCGUGGAGGAGCUGGAGAAUUCCCUGGAGAAGCGAGGGGGGGAUGAGGAGGACUCGGAGGAAGAUUCCAACACGGACGAGGACGAAGUGAUCCCGGAUAUCGGUAACGGAUCCCGGGGGGGGCCGGGGGCCGCCUUUCCGGACGCAAUUCACGGAUUGAUGCCCUGGCAGGGGGACACCAACAACAUGAUCGACAGGUUUGACGUCCGUGCUCACCUGGAUUUCAUCCCCAUGUACACCCCGGCCCUGCUCAGCCCCACCUCCCCGUCGGAAUCCAGCUCGGAGUCUCGCUCCCGCUCCCGGACGCCCUCCCUGGGCCAUGAGGAGAAGAUCACCUUCAUCACGAGCUUCGGCGGCAGCGACGAGGAGGCGGCCGCGGCCUCCAGCGCCGCCAUUGCCGGCAAGAGCCGCAAUUCCCGGGAGCGGCAGCGCUCGGCACAGCCCGGAGCCUCCGCGCCAGCACACAGAGCCUCCUCCCGGCGCCGCUCUUCCUCCUCCUCGUCCUCCUCGUCCUCCUCGCGCUCCUCCUCCUCCUCGUCGUGCAGCUCAGGCUCCCGCCAUUCCCGCAGUUCCCGCGGUUUCCGCCGUUCCCGGGGGAUUUUCCGCGGCCGUCGCCGCUCCCGGAGCCGUUCCCGGAGCCGUUCCCGGUCCCGCUCCCGCUCCCGGCGCUAUUCCCGGGGGGGAUCCCGGGGGGGAUCCCGGGACAGCCGGCGCCGCUCCCGCUCCCCGGAGCGCGGCCACCGCCGGCGCCGGCGCUCGCGCCAGAGCCGGAGCAGCCGCAGCGACUCCCGCAGCCCCUCCCGCUCCAGAUCCCGCUCCCGAUCCCGAUCCCGAUCCCAAACCCCGCCGGGAUCCCGGGAAAAGGCCCCGCCCCGCCCCCCGGCCUCGCCCGCCGUCGGAGAGAAGCUGAAAAAGGCCGACGCUGCCGCUGGUAAAGAUUCCGGAGCUGCCAAACCCAAGCUGACCCCGCAGGAGAAGCUGCGGCUCCGAAUGCAGAAAGCUCUCAACAGGCAGUUCAAGGCCGACAAGAAGGCGGCGCAGGAGAAGAUGCUGCAGCAGGAGCAUGAGAGACAGGAGCGCGAGGACGAGCUGCGAGCCAUGGCCCGGAAAAUCCGCAUGAAGGAGCGGGAGCGGCGCGAGAAGGAGCGGGAGGAGUGGGAGCGGCAGUACAGCCGCCAGAGCCGCAGCCCCUCGCCCCGCCACGGCAUUCCCGGUCCCAUUCCCGGAGCCCCCACUACCGGCACUGACAGAUGA